AUGUUAAUAUUUUGGAUAUUUGUAUAAUUAGUUUGUGUUCUAAGCUAAUGUGAAAAAAUAAGUGAUCAAUAAGAAUGUAAUUCAAAUGAAUUAUGUGAAUGGAAUUAUUGGAAACCAUCAUUAUGUUAAAAUAUUUGUAGUUCAUUGAAGAAUGAAAGUACAUGUAAUUAAGCAGCAAAUUGUUAAUGGUAAGUAAGCUCAUCGUCAUGUUUUAUAAAAAAAUGUACAGAAGAAAAGAAUGAAGAUAGAUGUGCUUUAAUUGUAAUUAAUUUCUUUUAUUUAGGUUGCUUGUUUUUGGUCAAAAGACAUUUGUUGGGAUUCAUCUUGUAUUUAAUUAUAAGCAGAAGAAGCCGGAAAGUGUCCAAUUGCUUAUUGUAUUUGGGAUGAAAAAAGGAAACUAUGUUAUGAUAAGAAAUGUUCAGAUUAUAAUGAUUAAUAUGAUUGCUCUCAGAUGUCAUUUUGUACUUGGCAUAAAUAUAAGUGUAUAGAUAAUGGUAAUAAAAAACUUGAUUUUUGA